AGAAAAAUCGCGAUAUGCUGCUCUGCUUAAAAACGGCCUUUACUCCCAUAGUAAAUGACUCCAAGUCUCCAACAUACCUUGAGAGUUGAGAUCAUCCUAGAAUCAGUAAGAAAUUUCUCAUCAGCUGGUGGAUGCAAGAAUAUGAUAGUGACCUGACCUCCAUCUGCAAAUCUCACUUUUACUAACCUAUUAACAACAGGGCAUCAAAGUUCUCCUUUCAAUUUCCUGAGAGAGAUAGAGAGAUGUCAAGGAGAUCUGGGAAUUGCUUAAGGUGCUGCUUGGUGAUCUUUGCUGUGGUCUCAGCUCUAUGUGUAUCUGGGCCUGCUCUUUACUGGAAAUUCAAGAAAGCUCUAAAGCUCAAAGCUUAUUGUACUCCUUGCAAAUGUGACUGCUCUCCACCACUUUCCAUUCUAGAUGUUGCUCCUGGUCUGGCAAAUCUUACAGUUAAAGACUGUGGAAAAGACGACCCGGAUCUCAAGGAUGAGAUGGAGAAGCAGUAUGUGGAUUUACUAUCAGAAGAGUUAAGGCUUCAGGAAGCUGUAGACCGAGAACGCAUGCAUCGCAUGAACAUUACAGUGACGGAGGCCAGAAGGUUAGCUUCCGAAUACCAAAAGGAGGGCGAGAAGUGUAAUAUUGCCACUGAAACAUGCGAGGUGAGAAGAGAGGGUGCUGAAGUUUUGCUCGCCAAGGAGAAGAAGCUGGCAGCUAUGUGGGAGAAAAGAGCACGCCACUUGGGUUGGUCCGGGAAUUAAAUAGCUGUAUUCAGUCUAUAGAGUGCUGGUCCUUGUUUUAUUUUUCUUAUUAUUGAUAUUGUUAUUAUUGUUCAUGGGUAUAAUUAUCUUAAAAGCUAUUACCAUUGUUGAUGGGUAUAAUCAUCUCAAAAGUUAGUCUGCUCAAGGAAACGGCUACAGCACUGAAGCCCAAGCAGAUGGAGAACUGGAAGACCACAAUUUGCAGUUCGUCCAGUUGUUGUGAAAUGUUUUUCGUCUGUAUCCUUAAUUAAUGAAUAUUCUGUAACAUUAGACUUACUGAUCUCCUUUGCUGGUGUAUUAAAGAGUGUAAUAUUAAUAGAUAAAUAGCCUACACCUGAAAAUGUGUAUUCGGCUUUCUACGUUCUGAAAUACUGACUUUCCAUAGCAUGCAACCAAUGUGUUACUUUCCUUGUUUCAUCUAUACAAAAACUCUUUAGUUUAUUUUUCACUUGAUAAUGUUCAUUUUUCUAGGAAUCCCGCUCAAAUUUGGACUAUCA